AUAUGGACAUUCUAUUUCGCCGGUAGUCCGUCUACUAAUCACUUGAUUACCAUCGAUACCGGAAGCGAUGAGGUUGCCAAAAAUGGCGCUGUGUCCGGAGAAGAUGAUGAAAGUCUUGGAUUGCUCAGUCUCGGUGAUAUGGAUAACGCAGACUCCGAAUUUCUGAUGUCCCAGUGA